UCCUUCAGUGCGUUCAAUGGGUUAAUGCUGUCCGUGUGAGGAAUCUAUCUGCUUCUUUAUCAUAGGAAUCAUCCUGCAAUUUAUUUACGUGUGACCGGUAAUGUCCACUCACAGCUCGUGGAGAACAAUAUCUAUCUCUCCUGCUGAUCUUACAGCGAUGUUUAUUGAUCGUUGUUGGAGCUGUUGCUCGUGAUUUAUAACGCUCGUGUGUGACAGUCGAGCAGCUUGGGGUUGAAUCAAUUACAGACGGAAACUAUCGGCUGGGAUUCACUUGAUAUCAUGGAAGUACCGAAGAUUACCUGGGGUCAUUAGAGCUUGAAGUUGGAGGAAGAGUCCAACUGGUUUUAUUGCUGUUUGCUGGAAGUGAGACUCGUUGUUGGCGGAUAAUAAUCGGGAAAAUAGAGGAGGGUACUGUCCGCUCUCGUGCGCAUCCGAUGGAUAGAAAUAAUCGCGAAUGAUAAGCGAGGAGAGUUCAUGAUCAGUGAUAUCAGCAGCUGGAUCGUUUGGAUAUCGGCAUUUGAGUGAUCACUUCUAAAGAUCGCCUACAAGAACUAUUAAAGGGAGAAGAUGCCGUUCCACCAUGUGACGGCAGGACUGCUGUACAAGGGAAACUAUUUGAGUCGCUCUCUGUCUGAUCACAGUAACAGCGAGCAGCUCGCCAACAUCUCUGUGGAGGAACUAGAUGAGAUCCGGGAGACGUUCAGGGUACUGGAUCGGGAUGGAAAUGGGUUCAUCUCCAAGCAGGAGCUUGGCAUGGCCAUGCGCUCACUGGGGCACAUGCCUAGUGAAGUGGAGCUGGCAAUCAUCAUGCAGAGAUUGGACAUGGAUGGUGAUGGACAAGUGGACUUUGAUGAGUUCAUGACGAUACUUGGACCAAAGCUCCUGUCCUCUGAAACGCGGGAAGGUUUCCUUGGAAACACGAUAGACAGCAUAUUCUGGCAGUUUGACAUGCAGCGAAUAACGCUGGAGGAGCUCAAGCACAUCCUGUUUCAUGCCUUCCGAGACCAUCUGACGAUGAAGGACAUCGAGAACAUCAUCAUCACUGAGGAGGAGAGCUUGAACGAGAACUCGGGGAACUGUCAGAUGGAGUUUGAGGGAGUUCAUCCCAAAAAGAAGAAUCGGCAGACGUGCGUGCGCAAGAGCCUCAUCUGCGCUUUCGCCAUGGCCUUCAUCAUCAGCGUCAUGCUCAUCGCGGCCAAUCAGAUGCUGCGCAAUGGCAUGGAGUAGCGACACCACUGUGAGCGGGGCGGAGCCUGCAUGUGCAUGUCUGUCGAUGAAGUCAUUUCCUAAAACUAUCGAACAAAAACCAACGACACUUGAGUAUUGAAACCAAACACCUCACUGCUGAAAAGAGGAGCUUUUUAUUCUAUUUUUAUUUUUUAUUCUCCCGUUACUUUUCCACAAGGACCAUCUGACACAGAAAGUGACAGAGGAAGUGUAGACGCCAGCAUGUUUUGCAGGGCCUCAUCUUUCUGGCAGGGAUUUAAAGGGCUGACUUUAUGCGUUUUGUGACACCUCUGUUCCCUAAUGCAAUAACAUGCAGGAGUUCAUAAGCACCUCUUCUGCGUCGCCGUCUCCUCCGUGGCUCCAGAUUGCAGCGGGGAUUCGCUGAUGAGCUGUGCGACUGUGCUCGGGCCUGCUGGCGAGGUAGGAAGGCAAACGUAAUUGGCAACUCAUUACACCUUUGCGAAGGGGAGUUGCAGCAUCCACUCUGGAGACUAUUUUGGUCUGCUCUCGCCAGAGCGCGUUCAGGCUCCGGAGACUGUGGGAGGUUGGGGAGAGAGUGCUCUAUGUAGUCCAUAAUUAAAUCCAUAUUCGUCAGCUCCAAAAAUCUACGAGCUUGACGCAUAGAUUUGAAUCAAUUCGAAUGUGUUGUGAGAGGAAAAACAUUAGAUCUCAUAUUUCUCUGUCUAAUACUUUUUCUACACUGGGUUUGAAAUGAGUCAGGGAUGAGAUUGUCGUUUAAGGUUUGAUACUUCUGGGCACACAAAGAAAUAGUUCCAAAAUUGGGAAUUUAGUCUUCAUCAUUUAGUUGUUAUUUCAUUCUAAACCGGCAAGAGUUUCUUACGUGUAACACAAAAAGAAAAAUGAUAAAGUAUCAGUAAUUCUUUGCCAUCCAAUUACAAGUAAUAGGGACUACAAAAAAAUUCAACUUAAAAACUCAAAGCUGCCUUAAAUGUACAUCUAAUUCACUUUAAUUCAUUUAGAUUCAAAUUACAUUAAACUCACUUAAAAAUCUAGUUCCAUAUAUCUAACCAAUUUCAACUUCAUUUCAUAAGUUGUAUAAAAUGUAACUAGAUUGUAUGUGACUAGUGAAACCAAUUUCAUUUAACUUAACAACUUAAGGCAGCUUUUGAACUAAAAUGUUUAAGUUAUUUUUUAUAGAGAAGAGCUUUAAGACAAAAACACUGAAAGUAUCAUUAAUGUGGUCCGUAAGAUCUGUGCAUGACAUCUUCUUGUGUGAGAAACCGUUAAAAAUGCAGUUUGUCAUUUACUUGGUCUCCUUUUCUCAAUUAAAUCUAUUUCGUCUAUUUCCACUAUAAAGCUUUAGUUCGAAAGCUGCCUUAAAUAAAAAAAGUUGAAUUGAAUUGGGUUUUUUUUUAAGUCAUUUGAAUUUCAAUAAUAUUAAACAUACUUUGAAAAUAUUUUUCCCCACAUAACUUACAGUGUAAAAGGAAGUUUAAACUAGAUUUUUAGUUUAAUAUUGUUCAAGUUCAAAUGACUUGUAAAGCCCAUUAGAUUUAACUUAAAAAUUUAAAGCAGCUUUUCAAAUGACAUUUUAUAGUUGAAAUGGACAAUUUUGUAACAGUGUUGGAACUAGUCAUGUCUGAUUGUGAACCCAUCACUCUUUGAAUCAAUGAAUCAGUCCCAUGAACUGUUCUGAUGCUGAGUUUCCAAUUUGGAGUGAACUUUUUCUUUAAGUUGUUUGCCGUAAUACCUUUUGAGAUGCACAUUUUCAGUUUCUUAUUUCAAUACUGAAAGGUUCACGGUGACUCUUAAGGGAAUCUUAAUGGUGAUGUUUGGAUGCAGUGCUGUACCGUCAUCCUUCAUAUUGCACUCUUCAAGUUUACACUAUCUCCAUUCGCACAUGCUUAGGAAUAAUCUUUUGUUUACAGACGAUUAAUAAUAUACAGUACAUUUUCAUUUUAUGUCAGUCUAAUUUUUGAAGAAGCAUUUCUUUUAAAGGGUUGUAGUAAUAGCUGAUGGUUUUAUGUAGAGUUUACAUUUAUAUUUUAUCUCCCAUGUCUACUCCACCGUAGCAUUGCAUUGUUGAUGUUUUAGUAGAUGUAUACAGACACAGAAAUGUCAUUUUUACAGCGAAUGGGAUUGUUCAACAAAACAGCCUGACACAGCCUUUCUGUUUCAUGUCUCCUCUUGACACCUGUAGAAAACACACUGGUAUGUUCUUCACCGUAAAGUCUUCUUUAUUAUGCAUGUCAACUAUCAGAUCUCUGUAAAUAGACCUUCACACGUGUGUUGGAUGAAUUCUGUUCGUGCAUGAUAGUUUUAACUGGUACAAUCUGCACAGAUCGUUUCGGGGCUACAAAGGGGGUGGCUGAGAAAUCAAUACAUGUCUGCCAGCUCUCAGCGCCCCCAACCCCCCCACACCCCGAGACCCCUGACUAAAGCCAUAUUAGUCUGCAUAGAUGUACUGAAGGUGCAUACACUACUAUUAAAUGGAAACAGUUAAAUGUCUGCCAAACCCUUUUUUCGCACUCAAAUGGUACAACAGCGACACCUGGUGGUUAAAGUUUAAACCGAUUUAUUCAUUCACUGUGUGUUUGUAUUUGUAUUGUCAAUGUCUGAUUCUGAAUGUAACAUUAGCUUGUAGCAUUUAAAUAUAUAAAUGACCUGGAUGGGCUGACAAAAUAAUAAUAUAUAGUAUGUGUUUGCAUAUUUAGAUGAUUUGGAUCAUCACAAUAAUGUGGAGAAUGUGAUUUAUAAGGUGGGAUGGGUGGGAAGGUUAGGAACCUUAGCCGAAAGGCUGUCAAUAAUACACACAUAACUAUUUAUUUAAAUUUAUGUCAUGAUCUUAUAUCAAGACAGUAUUGUUAAAUAAACAUUUUGAUAAAUGGGACAGUAAUAUUGCUUCAAGAUAUAUUUCCCCUGAUCAAAUCAGAUUUAAUGUAAUACAGUGUGUAGAUCUAAACUGUAUUUAAGGUGGGAUCUUUUUACAAUGGAGACGAUGGGGGAUGAAAAUCAAGAGUAAUAUGAUGAUGAUGUUUGAACUGUAUGAUAUUAUUCUGUAUUAUAUUUACUAUGAUUAUUCACUUAUUAAAAAUAGAUCUGUACACUUUGCAUGCAGACAAUUUAUCUAUAUAGACAGUAGUUAAGACUGGGCUUGUUGCAAGCUGCUAUAGAUGAUUUUAUUAUAUUCAAAUAUGUACAGAACAAAUGCAUAGAGUUUAUGCAAUAAAGACGUUUUGUAAUAAUUUUUGCCUCUUGGUUGA